CGAAUUGGCGUUUAUCACCGAGGGAUAUGAGCAGGGAGAUGUGUGCGUCCGGUCAGCAGUGAAGUGUCGGAGCUUGAAGGCUCGAGGUGUUUGCUCCGUACCAGUCAAGAUGAGAGCGUCCUUAAGUGUUGCGUUGCUUUGUCUAAGCAUCGUGUCCUUUGCACACGCACAAAGAAGAUUCCCGGAAGGGUUUAAAUUUGGAGUAGGCACUUCGGCGUACCAGAUCGAAGGCGGAUGGAACGAGGAUGGUAAGGGUGAAUCGAUCUGGGACCGUUUGGUGCAUAGCUACCCGGAGAAGAUCGCCGAUGGAACGAACGGCGAUGUGGCGUGCGACAGUUACCAUAAUUGGCGCCGGGAUGUGGAAAUGAUCCGUGAGAUUGGUGUUGACAUCUAUCGCUUUUCCCUUGCCUGGAGCCGCAUACUGCCGACCGGUAUUAGCAAUCAAGUCAACCAGAAAGGCAUCGAGUACUACAACAAUCUGAUCGAUGAGCUGCUGAAGUACAACAUCACACCGAUGGUGACGCUGUUUCACUGGGACACACCGCAACGGUUGCAGGAGAUGGGAGGCUUUACGAACCCGCUAAUGGUGGGAUUCUUCCGAGAGUAUGCCCGGGUAGCGUUCGAGCAUUUUGGCGAUCGUGUUAAGAUCUGGACAACGUUCAACGAACCACCGCAGACGUGCCGUUUGCCGUACGAGUAUGAUGCGAUGGCACCGGGAAUAGAUUUCCCGGGUAGCUAUACGUACCUUUGCACGCACCAUUUGCUGCUGUCGCACGCGGAGGCCGUGGAUCUGUACCGGAAAGAGUUUCAACCGACGCAAGGCGGUCAGAUCGGUAUAACGGUCGAUGGAUCGUGGGCCGAACCGGUGUCGGAGGAUGAGCGAGCGGCCUCAGAUAUGACGAUGCAGUUUUUGUUCGGAAUGUACAUGCAUCCGAUCUACAUCGGUAACUACCCGCAAGUGAUUAUCGAUCGCAUCGGCAAUUUGAGCAUGCAGCAGGGUUUCAAAAAGUCUCGUCUGCCCACCUUUACGCCGGAACAACUCACCAAGCUGAAGGGAUCGUCCGACUUCUUCGGGUACAAUGGGUACACCACAAAUCUGGUGUACAUGAACGAUGCGGCCAACUCGGCCAACUUCCGCGAACCUUCGUUCGAUCACGAUCGUAACACGGUAGAGUUUCAGGAUGAUCGUUGGCCAUCGACCGGUUCCUCGUGGUUUAAGGUGUACCCACGCGGUAUGUACAACGUGCUGAGCUGGAUUCGCCGGGAGUACAACAAUCCCCCGGUUUGGGUGACGGAGAACGGGUUUAGCGAUCUCGGUGGCACCCGGGAUGUGGGCCGCGUACAGUAUUACAAGGAUUAUCUGAACGCGAUCCUGGACGCGAUCGACGAUGGGUGUGACGUGCGGGGAUACGUUGCCUGGAGUCUGAUGGAUAACUUCGAAUGGCGUGCGGGGCUUCGCGAACGGUUCGGACUGUACUACGUGAACUACACGGAUCCGGGUCUGACACGGUACGCCAAGUCAUCGGCCAAAGUGUUCGGUAACAUUGUUCGGAACAGGUGGAUCGAUCCGGACGAUAUGCCUGAGCCGGAACUGUACAUACCGGGACCGGAUGAUGAGCCGGCACCCACCACGACUACCGUACGCGUGGAAGCUACCACGAAGGCAGAUGAUGACGAUGAUGAUGACGAUGAUGACGCUGCAACCGGGCUGUUGGUGUCGAAGCUGUUGAUUAUCGUAGCAUUUAUGGUGUACGUGCUGAAUAUGUAAAAGAGAAUGAAUGUUUUGGUUUUGCAAGGAAACGAGUCGGUUGUGUUUGAAUUCUCCGGAAGCACAUGGAGAGAAAUAUGAUUCAGAAGUAAACGGUCCACUGUCCUAAAUUCGUCUAAUCAGCUACGGGAGAAGACCGAGAUUGUAUGAAGCUUAGACGGCAGGCUCUAGUUGACCCAUAAACCGAUUUUAAAUAAAAUCCGAUGCACACACACACAC